GUCGCGCAAGGGGCGUGGCUCAUUUAAGCUGAGGUAGUUGAAGAGCUGAGGGCGGCUGUAGUGGGAGUGUUCCAGGAUUCGCUUUGUAUAUUUAAAGUUGGAGUUCGUUGCUAAAGAUGGCAGACCCAGAUGUCCUCACUGAAGUUCCAGCAGCAUUGAAGCGGUUAGCCAAGUAUGUGAUCCGGGGAUUUUAUGGCAUUGAGCAUGCCUUGGCCUUGGACAUCUUGAUCAGGAACCCCUGUGUGAAAGAGGAGGAUAUGCUGGAGCUGCUCAAGUUUGAUCGGAAGCAACUUCGAUCAGUUUUGAAUAAUUUAAAGGGAGACAAGUUUAUCAAAUGCAGAAUGAGGGUAGAGACUGCUGCAGACGGGAAAACUACUCGCCAUAACUACUACUUCAUCAGUUAUCGUACUCUUGUUAAUGUGGUAAAAUAUAAAUUGGACCACAUGAGGAGGAGGAUUGAGACCGAUGAGAGAGAUUCGACCAACCGGGCUUCCUUCAAAUGUCCUGUCUGUUGUAGUACUUUCACAGACUUAGAAGCUAAUCAGCUCUUUGAUCCUAUGACAGGAACUUUCCGCUGUACUUUUUGUCAUACAGAGGUAGAAGAGGAUGAAUCAGCAAUGCCCAAAAAAGAUGCACGCACACUUUUGGCAAGGUUUAAUGAACAAAUUGAGCCCAUUUAUGCAUUGCUUCGGGAGACAGAGGAUGUGAACUUGGCCUAUGAAAUACUUGAGCCAGAACCCACAGAAAUCCCAGCCCUGAAACAGAGCAAGGACCAUGCAGCAACUACUGCUGGAGCUGCUAGCCUGGCAGGUGGGCACCACCGGGAAGCAUGGGCCACCAAAGGUCCUUCCUAUGAGGACUUAUACACUCAGAAUGUUGUCAUUAACAUGGAUGACCAAGAAGAUCUUCAUCGAGCCUCACUGGAAGGGAAAUCUGCCAAAGAGAGGCCCAUUUGGUUGAGAGAAAGCACUGUCCAAGGGGCAUAUAGUUCUGAAGAUAUGAAAGAAGGGGGCAUAGAUAUGGAUGCAUUUCAGGAGCGUGAGGAAGGCCGUGCUGGGCCUGAUGAUAAUGAAGAGGUCAUGCGAGCACUGCUCAUUCAUGAGAAAAAGACUUCCUCUGCCAUGGCUGGUUCAGUGGGGGCAGCCGCUCCAGUGACCACUGCCAAUGGCAGUGACUCGGAAAGCGAGACCAGUGAGUCAGAUGAUGAUUCUCCACCCCGUCCGGCAGCUGUGGCUGUGCAUAAACGAGAAGAGGAUGAAGAAGAAGAUGACGAGUUUGAAGAAGUAGCAGAUGACCCCAUUGUCAUGGUGGCUGGCCGUCCGUUCUCCUACAGUGAAGUGAGCCAACGGCCAGAGCUAGUGGCCCAGAUGACACCAGAAGAAAAGGAAGCAUAUAUAGCCAUGGGACAACGCAUGUUUGAGGACCUCUUUGAGUGAGAUUUCCCUACUUCUUUCUCCUUUCUCUAAUGCUCAGUUCAAAAAGAAAUGUCUCAUCUUUGAAGAAAAGUAUUUAAGUGGCUUUCUGCCCCUCUUGAUGGUGAUCCUUGUGCAAAGAAUGAUGGUAGAGAGUUUGACUUUUAUGCCAGAAACUUUCCCAGCAAGGUGGGGUGCUGGGAAUCCUACCCUUCCUUGCUGUCACUACAGUACUAAUAUUUUACUGUAUUUUCUUUUCUUUUCUUUUUUUUUUUUUUGAGACAAAGUCUCACUCUUGUCUCCCAGGCUGGAGUGCAAUGGUGCAAUCUCGGCUCACUGCAACCUCUGCCUCCUGGGUUCAAGUGAUUCUCCUGCCUCAGCCUCCCAAAUAGCUGGGAUUACGGACACCUGCCAUCACACCUGGCUACUUUUUUGUAUUUUUAGUAGAGACGGGGUUUCACCGUGUUAGCCAGGAUGAUCUCGAUCUCCUGACCUCGUGAUCUGCCUGCCUCAGGCUCCCAGAGUGCUGUAUUUUCUUACCUAAUUUUUUUCUUGCCUUACUAAGACGUAAUUUUCUCCCUUCUGAAAUGAAUGAGGGAAGUUCAUAAGGUAAAUCCUUCCCAUCCAUCUGUUUACUACAAUAGGUUACAAUAAUUCACUGAUCACAUCCAUUUUAUCUGUUCUAGCCAGGCAUUCCAAACAAUUUCUUAUACUGCUGUCCACCAAAGCAGCUUGCCAACAGUCAAAUCAUUGAUGGUGGGGGGGGGGAAAUCCUGAAACCUGCUUAGAAUUUGAACAUUUCCUCAAAAUUGAGAUAGGUCAAUAUGUAAUGGGAGGUGGGAGUGUGUGUGGAAGGGGGAUAGAUAUACUUGAGUCUCAUGAUUAAUGUCUAAACCAGAAUUUGUGUCUUUAGAACUGACCAGACUGGUAGAUUUAAUUGUGUUGCUUAAUGUCUUUUGGUUUGGGUUUGGGAUGAUAGAAAACAGAAAGUAUAAUUGGUAAACCCUUAGGAAGAAACUAGAAAAACACGGACAUUGGACGAGAAGUCUGUGUAAAGGGUUGAAGAGUGACAAACAUUGUGAACAGUGCCUUAGAACUGUAUCAGUUAGUUUGAUUUGCAAAUCCUUUAUAUAAAGCUGAGACUGGUCCUGGUUUUGUUCCCUUUGGGUACAGACCUCUUGUCAGUGCUAUAAAUUGUUUAAUGAGGCCAUUCCAGCAGAAAUCAACAUAGAAUAAUUGAUUACUCUUCUCUGUCUCUGUCACUCUCCCUCUUUCUAAACAUCAUUGAAGGCUGUCUCUCUUUUGAUUCUUGUCAGACAUGGUAUUUUAGGGUGCAUCCAGUAUACCAUUGAGCAUUGUAACCUCAAGAAACAGUUUAUUUUGGGUUCUGAUAUGUAGCAUGGUAUUUUCCCUAAGGCAGAACUUCAAAGAACUUUCACACAAGGGUCUAUAACAAUUGUAUAUCUUAAAGUAUUUUUCCUUGCAUUGUAAUUUUUAAGUAUUUAUCAUUUUAUAGUACACGUGUAAAGAAUAUAUGAGCCUUGUAUGGAGUGAUGUUUCAUUUACCUGGAUUGUAUUAAUGACUGAAUGUUGACAAUAAAUCUAUUUUAUACUGACUGAAAUUUGUUCAUUUUAAGCUCUGUAACAUCUUGGAGCAUAUUAAAAUGAAUAUUCUUCCCAUUAAAAAAUGUUAAAGACUUUUUUAUUAGUCAUUUUAAAUAAUAGAUGCAUCAUAUGGGAUCUAAACUUUUUGUGCAGUAAGAUACCUUUGUACCUUGUAUACAUAUUCAACUUUUACACUUGAUCUUAGCCAAAAGACCAGGAAGCAAUACUAUUCAGCUUUUAAACAUUGUUUUUUAAACUUUUAUAGUUCUAGAAGUUAAUUUAAAUAAAAUGGUAAUCAGAUGUUAA